AUGUUCUGGCGGUUCGGCGGCUACGCUGUUGCCAGCACAAUAGACAACAUCCUCGACCGCGGCGACUUUGCCCUUGAGGAGCUUCUUGAUGAGAGCGACUUGAUCCAAGAGCUCAAGCAACACAACGCGAAGCUUGUCGAGUAUCUCCGCGACCAGGAUGUUCUCAAGAGGUUGCUAGAAUACGUUGUCGCUCCCAAGCUGGAGCCCGUGGCGGCUGCUGAAAACGACGAGGAUGAGGAAGACGAAAACCAGAAGGGUAUCGCCCUACCCUUUGCUCGACCCCGCGCUUCAUCACGGGCCACCGAUGCAAGCAACGAUGAUACCGCCGUCGAAAAGAAACGGAAUCGCUAUGCUUUUGUCGCGGCCGAGAUUUUGUCGUCGGACAACUGGUCAAUAUUCGAGGCUCUUAUGGAGAGCAAAGACCUGCUGCGCGAGUUCUGGCAAUUCUUGAAGCGCCCUGCCCCGCUCGAUCCCCUUCAGGCCAGCUACUUCACCAAGGUGAACGAGUCCUUGUUCGAUAGGAAGACCGAAGAAAUGAUCGACCUUCUCAAAUCUCUCGACAAUGCGGUUCCCGAUAUGCUCAAGCACGUCGAUUGCCCCAUGGUUAUGGACCUGCUGCUGAGGAUUAUCAGCUUGGAAAGAACCGAGGCUGGACAUGGUAUAGUCGAGUGGCUCUAUACCCAAGACGUUAUGCCUACUCUGCUUUCUUUCCUCGGCCCAGAGCAUGGCUGGGCAACCCAGACUUCCGCCGCCGAUUUCAUCAAGGCCAUCAUCACUGUCUCCGCCAAUGCCUCGCAGAAUGAACAGACCUGCAUCGGACCGAAUGAGCUCACACGACAACUUGUCUCGAAGCCCUGCGUGGAGCAGUUGAUCAAGUACAUGCUUGGUGGCGGCAACCCCCUCACGUGUGGUGUGGGCAUCGUUAUCGAAGUAAUUAGAAAGAACAAUUCCGAUUACGACCCAGAGGCAACCGAGCCCAACUCGACCCCCUCAACCCGCGACCCGAUCUAUCUUGGAACCUUGCUUCGCAUGUUUGCCAAUCAUAUCCCGGAUUUCGCGAACCUCAUCAUGAACGCCCCUGCGCAAAAGGAGCGCUUCACUUCCACGUUUGGUGAUCAUAUCGAGCCGCUGGGGUUCGACAGGUUCAAGACAUGCGAGCUGAUGGCCGAGCUGCUCCAUUGCAGCAACAUGGGCUUGCUGAAUGAGGUGGGCGCUGAGGAAGUUAUCGCGCAGCGUGAUGCUCAGCGACAGGUUCUCCGCACGCAGGGCCGGCUCGUGCCUGUCAGGGAGCAGGAACCCCCAUCCGCAGCGGAAGAUAUCACCAUGCGCUCGUCGCACUCUUCCCCGGCGGAUACCGGCAGGAAGCUGGGAGUCACCAACACGUCGGCAGAUGAUGAUGGCUUUGAGGAGGUCACGCAUACAACCGACGAGGACAUCACGCACGGCAUCGAGGAGCUUCCCGAGGUUACCUUGCCAGGCCCAACAUCGUCAUUCCUGGAUAAGGACGAGGACGACUUUGUUGACGAGCCGCUGAGCUCUCCCAGGCUGCGCGUUCGCGACCUCCAUAAUCCCAUGGAGGAUACAGCACCCAUCAAGUUCGAUGACCCCAACCUUGUGGUUGCGCCUCUUUCGCCCACCAAGACGGCAUUCGUGCCUAUCAGGACAGCUUCUGGUUCCGAAGGACAGAGCGACGCUGGAGACAAGACAGAGGAAACCUCUACCAGCAAGGAAGGAAGUGAUUCGGAUCCUAAGGCUUCCGAGGACGUUCAGUUGGAGCUUGGCGGCGGCUUGGACAAGCCCGUAGCUCCAGAAGAGAUGUCUCCCCACCCGGAUGACACUCCCGCGCCACUCUUUUCGACCUCUGCGCAAACAACAGACGCCUCGGAGCCUAAGCAGGUCACUGAAAAGGAGGAGCAUGCGGAGACUAGUCAAGUGUCUACCGGCGAACAGAGUGGCCCUGAUGCCACCAUCACCCAUGACGCUUCUCAGGCUGACAAGAAGCACGAGCUUGUAGUGGGCGACUACCUCAAGAUGCAGUUUGUCGAAUACAAGAUUGUCCCCACGAUCUUGAGCUUCUUCUUCUCUUACCCGUGGAACAACUUCCUCCAUAACGUGGUUUACGACAUCGUGCAGCAGGUAUUUAACGGCCCUAUGAAGGAUAGCUAUAACCAUAAGCUGGCCAUCAGCCUCUUCGAGACGGCCGACAUCACCAACCAAAUCAUUGGUGGACAGCUCGCCAGCGAGAAGUCCGAGAACGAGAGGAAGACCCGUAUGGGAUACAUGGGACACUUGACCCUCAUCGCUGAGGAGGUGGUCAAGUUUACUGAGCGCCACGAGACCGAAGUUCUCACAGAGUGCAUUCUGGAGAAGGUCAUGGCGCGGGAUUGGAUCGAGUACGUUGAAGGCCCGCUUAGCGCCACCCGAACACGCGACAAUGCCGUGCUCGGAGGUGUGCGACCGGAAAGUCUGAUGGGCCGUUCUGGAUCCGGUAUGUCUGGUGUCGGACUUUCCGCUCUUGGAUCGCUUGGUCUGAGUGGCGGUUCCAAUGCCCUUGCCGAGGCAGGCUUGAACGGAGGACAGGAUGUUGCGGACAGUUCGGGUGGUAAUGGGAUCGGGCCGUUUGCCAUCAGCGCUGGUACUCUUAUGAGCGGAUUUGGCAGUUCGAGCGACGAGGACGAGGACGAAGAACAGGACAACGAGGAGGAUGUUAACAACGAGGUUGGUUAUUCUGAUUAUGUCUCAUCUCUUCUCCACCCCCAUGACAUGUUCCCCCUAGGCUCAAGUGAGCCCUUGAUUCCGAGCAAACGCGACCACGGCUCCUUCGUCGCCGGGGAGGAGCUUGCCGAGGUCCACCAUGUUAAGGAUGUUGAUUUCGAAGUCGAUGUCGAACACAACGAGACCUUCAACGAGACCUUCAACGAGCCCUUCGACGAACAAAACCACGAAGACGACCCAAGCAGCUAUGGACUGGACCUUGAGAACUUCGAAGAAGGUUUUUGCCGACUUUGA